AUGAUAAUAAUUCUAGGUCUGUUGAUUUUAUGUGUGUAAGGGUAGAAUGAAGUGAAGGUUUCAUUUAAUGAGCUUGAAUCUCCAAUAUCUAAUAUAUAUUGGUGUGGAUCAUCUGUUGUAUUUACAAAGGAUGAUGAAACAAUUGAAUAAACUCAUUAGGAGAGCAGAAAAGUGUUGUUCAUUCUUACAGAUAAGGGGAGAAUAUGGAGAUCAGCAGAUUACGGUACAACUUGGUUGGAUGAAACAAAGAGUUGGGAAAAGAUGGAACCAGAAAAUAAAUAAUUACAAUUCGAAAGUAUUCAUAUUUCACCAGCUGAUUCAAGGGUUAUAUUCUUUUUUGGUUCAAAUGGUAUUAGUUAUAAAUCUAAGAAUUGCGGAAGAACUUAUACAAGGUUCACACAUUCAGAAGAUCUUUAUGAUUUCAAAUUGAAUAAGAUGGAUCCAUAAUGGAUUAUGUCUUUUAAAGAUAAACCCUGUGGCAAAAACGAUAUUAAUUGUAAGGACUUUUACAAGAAGUCAAUUUAUGUGACUGAGGAUGGAGGUGAAACUUGGAAGUCAGCAUUAAAUUAUGUUAGAGAUGCAGCUUGGGAUAAGCUCUUACAAUAUCAACUAAUUCCUGAUUAAAGGAUAAUAGUGUGUCAUAUGAAGGAAGGCAAAUCUGUUAUUUCCUACUCUGAUGACUAUUUUGCUACUGUCUAAACUAUGCAAGAAAAUGCUUUGGGGUUCUUCCAAACAUCUCAUUAUAUUUUUGUUCUUACUACAGGCGAAGAUGGAGAAACUGGAUAUGAAUUGCUAAUUGCUCCGGCUUAUUUAGACAAAUUCUAACCCUAACCUGUAUAAUUACCAAUCCCUUUGAAUUAACAUACGUUUACAAUCCUUGACACUUCAGAAGGAUAGAUAUUUUUGUCUGUUUCUCAUAAAGAAGAAAAUCAAAGAUUAACUAAUGUAUACGUAAGUGAUUUUAGAGGAUUUAAAUUCACUCUAUCUUUGUUACAUAAUGUGAGAUCGCUUGAUACUGGAAAUUGUGACUUCGAGAGAAUGCUAGGCAUGGAAGGAGUUUAUGUUGCCAACGUGUUUGAUCAUCAAGAAGUAGAGAAAUCAAAAUCUAGAAGUUCUAUCACUCCUGCCACCUUAGAAUUAUACAAAAAAACUUUCAUCUCUUAUGAUAGAGGAGGUUAAUGGCAUCCAUUAAAAGCUCCAGAAAUCGAUUCAAAAGGAGAUGAAAUUUAAUGUUCUGGAGACUGCUCUUUGCAUCUGAAAGGAAGAACAGAGGCCAAUUAAAAUCCUCUUUAUUCUAGUUAAAAUGCCCCUGGACUUAGUAUUGGUGUUGGAAAUACCGGUUUAUAUUUGACCUAGAAAGAUCACGAAGUCAAUACCUAUCUGACCAGAGAUGGAGGUCAUGAAUGGUUUGAAAUCAGAAAGGGUUCACAUAUGUAUGAAAUUGGAGAUAGAGGGGGUCUCAUUGUUAUGGGACAAGACGAUAAGCCCAUUAAUAAAAUUAUUUAUUCUUGGGAUCAAGGGUUUUCAUGGGAAGAGGUGAAAAUUGGAGAAAGGGAAUUAGAAAUUCAAAACAUAGUCACAGAACCUUCAAACAUGGAAUAGAAGUUCAUUGUAUAUGGAUAGAGCAGAUCAUAAGAGAAUCAAUUGAAAGGAUAUGUCGUAGCUUUGAAUUUCUAAACACUUCAUUAAAGAGUUUGUUCUGGUGCUUGGGAUCCAACAAUGCCUGAAUCAGAUUAUGAAUUUUGGAUUCCUAAAAACUUUGAAUCUGGUAAAUGUUUAUUUGGUAGAAAAAUCAAAUAUAUCAGAAGAAAGAGAGAAGUCAAGUGUUUCAAUCAAGAGGAAAUUGAUAAAAAGUUCUUUAUCGAAACUUGUCCUUGCAUUGAGGAUGAUUGGGAAUGUGAUUUUGGAUUCUAUAGAAAAAUCGAAGGAGGACCUUGUGUGCCAAUCGCAGAUAAAUUUGAAGAGGAUGACACUCCAGAUUUAUUAAAACCCCCUGCUAAUUGCAAAUAGACUUACAUGAAAACACAAGGCUACAGAAAGGUUUCUGGAGAUUAUUGCUAAGGUGGAAUUGAUCUUUCACCAGUCGAAACUCCUUGUCCCAAUACCUAAGCAAAUACUACUUAAUUCAAUAAUACUGAAAUCCAAGAUAUUGAUAUCAAAUAACCCAAAAUUAGUAAAAUAUCAAUUAAAGACCCUCAAACUUAAUAACCAAAUACUACAAAACAAAAUUCGUAUUUAUGGUAUCUUUUAGCCUUUUUAGGUGUCCUUUUAGUCAGUCAUUUCUUAAAGGAUAAGAUUUUGAAACUGUUUAGUAGUAAACCACCAAAGAAGUUCUCAUCUUAUAUGGAAAAAGGAAAUUAUGAAUAGCUUAAAUUAUUUAGUGGAAACGAUGAUGAUGAUGAAGCUGGACUUUGAUUUUGUAUUUUUAUAUAUUCAUUUGGGUUGAAAAUAUUUAAUUAAAAACAA